AUGCGGUCCGCUACGGCACUGCUCUGGGCCGCAGGCAGCCUGCUCCCCCAGCUCGCCGUAGCCCAGACCGAGCCCACCGUCGACUACUCUGCCACAUCAUCCCUCCACUUCUACACCGGAACCAAGACGGCCGAGACGACGAAGAACACAGAGGUGCCCUCGGGGGCCUACACGACCUACACCUCCAAGAUCGCCCUGAGCAAUGGCGAUGACAGCACCGCCACCGGCACCACCGACGACGAUCCGUCGACGACGACGUCCCUGACCGCCAGCGUCUCGUCGUCGUCGACCGCGACGACGACCGGCAACGGGACCGUCACGUCCGGCGUGCCCGCGCCCACCAACACUCAGCCGUGCAACAGGUACGUCGAGCUGUGCAGCCGCAAGUACAGCAACGUCAGCAACGUCGGCUGCCACAACUCCCCCUUCGUGCGCCCCGGAAACUCGGGCUCCAACCAGGAGCUCUCCGUCACCACCCAGCUCAACGACGGCGUCCGCUUCCUGCAGGCCCAGAUCCAGUGGCCCACCAACGGCACCGAGCCUCACUUCUGCCACACGUCGUGCGACCUGCUCGACGCCGGCCCCAUCAACGACUGGCUGAGCCUGGUGGCCGACUGGGUCAGCAAGCACCCGUACGACGUCGUCACCAUCCUCCUGGGCAACGGCAACUACUCCACCCCCGACUACUACGCCCCCUACAUCCAGAAGUCCGGCAUCCUCAAGCACGCCUACGAGGCUCCCUACCUCCCCAUGUCGCUCGACGACUGGCCCACGCUCGAGGAGAUGAUCGUCCGCGGCAAGCGCGUCGUCAUGUUCAUGGACUACAAGGCCAACCAGACGGCCUACCCCUGGCUCCACGACCAGUUCGCCCACAUGUGGGAGACCCCCUUCGACCCGACCGACCGCGCCUUCCCCUGCACCGCCCAGCGCCCUCCCGACCUGUCCGCCGAGUCGACGCGUAACAGCAUGUACCUCAUCAACCACAAUCUCAACGUCGAGUUCAACGUCUUCUCCACCUCGCUCCUCGUCCCCGCCGUCUCCCUCCUCAACGAGACCAACGCCGACUCGGGCUACGGCAGCCUGGGCCUCGCCGCCAACAACUGCCGCUCCGACUGGGGACGCAACCCCACCUUCCUCAACGUCGACUACUACAACUACGGCAACCGUCCUGGUUCGGUAUUCGAGGUCGCCGCCAGGCUCAACAACGUCACCUACGACUGGAACUGCUGCGGUAAGGUCAGCGGUGCUCCCGCCAUGGCUCGCGUCGCCCCGCUGGCUACCAUCGUCGUGCCCGCUGCUCUGACUGCUCUGCUCCUCAUAUAG